CCACACUCGAAAUUAAAGUCAAACCAAAAUAAAACAACAUGGAAUUUACUUCGGUCUCGUGUAAACGGCAUCUAAAAUUAUCUUUUUAUACAAAACUGAUUUUGAAGAAAGCACUAGAGUCUUAGAAAACAAAAGCGUUAACUCGCUGAAUAAUUGAUAAUGGACUGUAGUUAAUGUAUCGACAAUGUAAACAGGACCUUACAUUAUAUAUCUAAUUAAAUGAGACAUAACAAUCAUUACAAUAUCAUUUUUAAAAGUUUAUAAAAUACACCAUAAUUAAAUCCAUUGUUUAUUACUGUAACAUUGGAGAAUAUACUCUUUAGUAGAAAAACAAUACGAAUAUUGUACUGAAUGAUUUUAAUACCUAAAGUUGGUUGUUAUACAAUAAAUCUAAGUUAUUCUUCAAGCAUGGAGCGUGUCUGCUGCUCAAUGUCAUCAAGAAGAAAGACAGCGAUUUAUCUGAAAGUAUUUAUUUUAAUCACACUACUCUUGACGCCCUGCACCAUUUUACUGAUGCAGAGAGUUAACAACAACAUGAAUACAGCAUAUGAUACUUCAGAGGACCUAUCGCCACGUAGAUUUCAUUCCAGCGUUGACAAACUGUUCAAGAGGGUGGAUAGAAGUGUGAAUGAACUUUCCAAACGAAUUGAGAGACUGAAAAAACAAAAGUACAAAUAUGGUAGCAGUGAUAAAAUUAGAGCUAAAAUGGAGAGAAACUUAGAUAAACCAAUACAACAAUUGGUCAAGUCAGAAAGAAUAAAAGGAAAAUUUGUUCAGAAUGAGGUGUACGAAAUAAGAUGUUUAAAAACUGUCAAAUUAUUAAUUCUUGUCUUAUCCAAAGGGAGAAAUAAACAGCGAAGAGAAUAUAUACGUAAAACAUGGGGAAGGUUUAGUCCUAUAAAAACAGACCAGGGAAAAAUCCAAAUGAAUUGGAAGUUACUCUUCAUAGUGGGAUCUGCUACGGAGGAGGGUGUUACAACAUUGGUUCAUAACGAAGGACAACAAAAGCAAGAUUUACUGCAAUUCAAUAUUAUGGAAUUCCCUUUAUUUCAAAGCUGGACAAUAAUGUCUGCUUUGGAAUGGAUUGACACGUGUUGUUUAUAUGAGUAUGUCUUACUUAUGCAAGACUCUAUGUUUUUGAAUACACCUGCUUUGUAUAGUUUUAUACACGAUGCGAGUAAGCCAAGUAAAUCUUUAUACGCCGGUGUCAUUGCUUUCGAUAAAAAGGUACCCAGAGAAGGUCGAUACUCUCUAAAGGUGAAGAAUUAUCCGAAAGAUGUCUACCCUAGGCAUGCAGAUGGAGGAGCAUUUAUCAUGUCUAGUGACGCAGUUAGUCAAACAGUGUCGAAAUUUGGUUGGAGUAAUACGUUACCGGACUCAGACGCUACGAUAGGUCAAUUUGUGUUGAAAGCUGGAAUUGAUGUGUGGUCACUGGACACACUGAUAGCCAAUGUAACGAAGGAACAAUGUUUAUACCGUUAUAACACAAUCUUGACGAAGCAUAAUGAUGACGAUGAUUGUAAAAACUAUUUAUACAAUCACGCAUUAAAACAGAUAGUUUCUCUAUAAA